CUUUCUCAGACCUUGUUUUCUCCGCGGUAUUUGCUGGUCACCAACACGUCCAUCGGAUUCUUAACUGGAGCUGUUGGGGAUUCCAUCAAUCAGAAUGUCGGUAUCCCAAGAAAGAAAAAUGUAGACGACUACAAAUGGUCGUGGUCACGUUUCAGAAAUCAGUGUGCUCAGGGCAGCAUCCUAGGUGCCGCUUACCAUUUCUGGUACCUCUUUCUCGAUAGGAAAUUGCCUGGUACCUCAUCCUCUUCGGUUAUCAAAAAGGUAUUUGCAGAUCAAGUCAUAAUGUGCCCUAUAGCAGUUGUUUUUUAUCUUGGCCUGCUGAAUUUGUUAGAAGGUGGUACAUUGGAGGAAGGAAUGAAAAGCUUAAAAGAAAAAAGUGGUCAACUGCUGCUGGCGGAAUGGACAUUUGGUCCACUCAGCCAGCUGAUAAAUUUUUAUAUAAUCCCAUGCAGAUUUCGAGUGUUGUAUGAUAGCAUUGUGGUGUUAUCCUUUGAUUCGUAC